AACAACAAACGUUGCAAUUGAAAAACAACGACUGUUGAUGCAAUGUGAGAGCAAGAUGGCCUGUAGACGAGGAAUUGUGCUUAUAGCGGGCCUUAGUCUCAUUUGCCAUGCUCUAAGCUUAAAAGUAUCAACUGGCUAUCACAUCGUACAUAACGAGCAACUACAACCACAGCACAACUACGGUAGCUUCAAAUACCUACAAGGAAUUCCUCCAUACUUAAUUGGAAAUGCACUGCCCACAUCGUCUGCUCCACAAAAUCCGUUCUCUCUGGCCCCGAACCCCCAAUCUCCCUAUGGGUACAGCUUCCCAAUGCCCGGUCAAGCAAACUGCGGUAGACCACCAGCCUUCUGCGAGAAGACCUCAUAUCGUUCGUUAGACGGAUCCUGUAAUAACCUGCAACGCCCGGAAUUGGGAGAGGCUAAUAGCCGGUAUGGUCGCCUCUUGACGCCAAAGUAUGCGGAUGGUAUCUCAGCCCCGCCCCGCUCAAUCACCGGCAAUGAGUUGCCUAGUGCCCGUUUGGUUUCCGUAGUUGCGUUCGGCGAAGAAGACGUCCCAGAUCCCCAGUUUACCCUUCACAACAUGCAAUGGGGACAGAUAAUGACACACGAUAUGAGUAUGCAGGCUGGAGGCACCCAAUCCAAAAAGCAUCCAACACAAUGUUGUACCGACGAUGGCCGACUUGUGGGUUUGGAUACGGCCCAUAAGACCUGCUUUGCCAUCAUUGUACCUCCACAUGACCCAGCGUACUCUCAAGUGGGUACGGAAUGUCUCAACUUUGUACGCACCCUCACAGAUCGAGAUGCCAAUUGCCAAUAUACCGGUGGACCAGCAGAGCAACUGACAGUGGUGACGUCGUAUCUGGAUCUUUCGCUUGUUUACGGCAAUUCUAUAGAGCAGAACAGAGAUAUACGAGAAUUCCAGGGUGGACGUAUGAUAGUGGAGGAGAGAAAUGGAGCCAAAUGGUUGCCAUUGUCGCGCAAUAUUACCGGUGAUUGCGAUGCUGUCGAUCCAAACGAAGUCUGCUAUAGAUCGGGUGAUGUGCGCGUCAAUCAGAAUCCAGGCCUAGCUCUUCUGCAAACUGUACUCUUGCGUGAACAUAAUCGCAUUGCUGACCAUCUUGCGGCUCUCAAUCCCCACUACGACGAUCGUACUCUUUUCCAGGAGGCUCGCAAAAUAAACAUUGCGCAAUAUCAGCAUAUUAAUUACUACGAAUGGUUACCCAUUUUCUUGGGAGCUGAGAAUAUGUUAAAGAACCGUUUGAUAUACAAGGCGCCCGGUGGUAGCUAUGUUAACGAUUACGAUCCCAGCAUAGACCCCUCUGUGUUGAACGAACAUGCAACGGCUGCGUUCCGAUACUUUCAUUCCCAAAUCGAAGGCAGACUCGAUCUUUUGUCUGAACUGCGCAGCGUGCUUGGAUCCCUGACCCUCAGUGACUGGUUCAAUCGUCCGGGCAUUCUUGAGGUCGGCGAUAACUUUGAUUCGCUUAGCAGAGGACAUGCCACACAGCCUGAAGAGUUGACAGACAUUAACUUUGAUAGACAAAUCAAACACUUCUUAUUUAGACGAAAUGCACCAUUCGGAUCAGAUCUGCGUUCCCUGGAUAUACAGCGUAAUCGCGAUCAUGGCCUUGCUUCCUAUAAUGAUAUGCGAGAAUUCUGUGGAUUCGCGAGAGCUCACAGCUGGGAGGACUUCGCCGAUCUUAUCAGUCCACAAAUAAUCCAAAAUCUGAAGUCGCUAUAUGACAGUCACGAAGAUGUGGACUUAACUGUCGGCGGCUCUUUAGAGGCACAUGUGGCCGGAGCACUAGCUGGUCCCACAUUCCUUUGCAUUCUAACCGAACAAUUUUACAGAACUCGAGUUGGUGAUCGAUUUUUCUUCGAAAACGGCGAUAAAAACACCGGCUUUACCACAGAUCAACUGGCAGAGCUUAGAAAAGCAAGUAUGGCACGUUUGCUGUGCGAUAACGGUAACAACAUAGCUUCUAUGCAGCCGCAGGCCUUCAAAACGGUGUCGGGAUCAAAUCCCAUUGUGCCAUGCUCGAAUAUUCCAGCUGUCGAUCUAACAAAAUGGAUUGACCAAAAGCCAUACACUGCCGCAGAGCAUUCUGUUCAUUUCGGGAAGAAGUGAUAACAUCUUGUAUGCCCCAAUGGAAUAUAUUAUUCAAUAUUGUAGUUAAAUCCUUAUAAAUUUGUAAAUUUCCAUUCAAUUUAUUAAUAGUG